AAAGCAAGCACGCUGAGCAAAACGGACGGUUCGUCUUGUCUCGUUCGCGAUCCGACGGCCACCACGAUCUCUCCUAGCCUUAAAACGGAAGCAUCCUCGGCCCCGCCCGCUCCGCCCCGGCAGUUACCAACCACUCUGCAGUGCCGCCCGCCACCCUCGCCGUCCGUCGGCUCUCGCUUUUACUUGCUGCUCUGCUCCGCCCCCACCCCACACCCCUCUCUCUCUCUCUCUCUCUAUCCUCCCAGGCUCCCACGCCGCGCACGCCUCACCGCGGAUCGAGAGGGCUCCCCUCCCACUCCCAAAUGGUGAGCGCGUCGAGCCUUCUCCUCCCAUCCUCCGCGCGGGGCCUCGCCUCCUGCGUCUCCGACGGCGCCGUCCGCGUCGCGUGCACCACACCUUCCUCCACACUCACCUCCUCCACGGUCACCUCCUCCCACUCAACGCUCUCCGUCACCACCUCCUACCACGCCAAUUCCUCGCCGCCCCUCCUCCGCCUCACCUGGUCCCACUCCCCCGUCGGGCCCCCCACCCUCUCCUUCGCCCCCUCCGCCUCCUCCCCCGCCGUGCUCCUCCGCCGCCGCAAAGGCACCCGCUCCCUCCCCUCCUCCUCGGACUCCUCACACCCCCCGCUCGCACUCUUCUGGGACCUCACCGCCGCGCGCUACGGCUCCGCUUCCCCGGAGCCGGUCUCCGGAUUCUACUUCGUCGCCGUCGCCAACGCCGAGGUCGUCCUGACCGUCGGCGACCUCGCCGCCGAGUUCGUCAAGGCCAAGUUCGAGGGCCAGAUCCCCAAGGCCCGCUUCCUCCCCGCCGCGCGCAGGGACUGCGUCGUGGCGCCCGCCGGCCACCACAAGCCGGCAGCGAAUGCGAUGCACACCGCGCGGGUCCGGUUCGCGGAGGGCGCGCCGGAGCACGAAGUCAGCGUCGGCUGCGCGGCCACCUCCGGAGGGGGCGAGGAGCUCUGGGUCAGCGUCGACGGGAAGCGAGCCGUGCAGGCGCGCCGGCUGCGCUGGAACUUCAGGGGGAACCAGACCGUCUUCGUUGACGGCUCGCCCGUCGACGUCAUGUGGGACCUCCACGGCUGGUGGUUCCGGGACCCGCCGGGGUGCGCGGUCGUCAUGCUCCGGGCAAGGAGCGCGCUCGAGAGCCGGCUCUGGCUGGGGGAGGAGGCCGCCGCGCCGGGGUUCUCGUUCGUCGUGCAGGCAUUCAAGACUCCGCCUUGAUCUCGAAUUCUCGAUGAGGUCAAUGCUCACUACUUCCCCUGGUUACUUGUCCAUUGACUUGAAAAUCUGGUUGAAUUUAGCAACCAAACCAGGAAGGGAAUGGUUGGUGUUUACAGUUUAGACUUAUAGAUUAGUGGAUCAAAAUGUCAAAUGAGUUUGGGAAUACACCAUAAAAAUGUGGUAUACAAAGAGAAGAGGAGAGAAUGCUGUGUGUGGGAUUAUCUUCUUUCUUUUGCUCUUUUCCUCUUUUCCUGGUAAUUUCAGCGAUGUGUGCGUGCUGGUACAGUUAACAAAAGAUCAUACAACAUCAUAGAGUGUGUUCUCAUUCAGCAUUGCUGUCUGAGGUGUAGAAUUACAUAUGAGAUUAUGGUGUGCUAGUCUAGUUUCUGCUUGUUGGUACACUAGAAAUCAAUGUUUACCGCAAUUGCUUCUGCUCUUCGCCGUGCUUAUGCAAUUCAUCAGUAACAGUGGUAGAAGUGAUCUUGCGCCAUUUCAUACUGGUACAGUGGCACUGUCUCUAUAAUAUGCGGUGCAAUCGAUGUCUGCUUAGAUUCAUGCACAAUACCAUCAAAUAUAUUGCAUGACUAUUCUUUAUGACACACUUGUGCUUCAGUUUAAUUCUCAAGCACUGAUUCCUGAUAUCCACCGCACGUAUACAGAUAGUAUCAGCCUAUCAUAUGAUUGCCACGCCUUUCACGCUGCAUAUGUUGAUCUGGGAACUAGACGCCAUCUGUUUCCAGCAUGCUGUUCUUUGGUCAUGCAAUUCCUACAGUUAUACAUUGAUGUCCCUGUAGUAAUUUAUCGCCACUUGACCCUCUACGUUACAAAGUCUGACGAGGAUCUCACCUUGGUGUUGGUCCCAAGCUGUCCUGGCACACAAGUGGAGGCGGUACGGUUUGCUUCUUCUUUCCAGAUUCUACUCUCGUGAGAGCUUCACCUUUCCUGCUUCCUCUCACGAGAAAAUGAGUUGUCUUAGAUUCCGCAUUCCUCGGUUUUGUUUUUUUGCUCUGGAUUUAUCUGCUACCUCAUGCCAAAUUGCCAAUAGAAUAGCAGAGGAAAGAGUAUGAUGGUGAUAUCACCCAACAUGUGAGUGAGGUACCGUCUCCAUCAUCAUCUCUAUUACUCUAUUUUCCAAGCAACCAUGUUGAUGUUGACACACUGCGACAAAAUUGCCAUUUCUUUUAUUUC